CUAGUCACAUUUUUUCUGAUAUAUGUGAUAAUAAAUCAUGAAGAUAUGAUUUAAUCAUAUAUCAUCUGUCUCCCAGGCCAGUGGUACCGCAGGCGGUGAAGAUGCGUCCAUGCGUCGCUGGUCCAUGCCCUGGGAUUCUGCACAUGUCGCUGCACCUCAUGGCCGAUAUCAUUACUAUCCGCCACAUUAUCACCAUGUGACAUCACAUGCUAGUGGUUGCCACUAUCCUCAUCCUCAGCACCAAGCCCAAAUAAGCGCGGGAGCGACGGCCAGAGGUUUGGGAGCAGUUGGGGGAGUAUCCAAAUUGAGCGUCCCAGUUGGAGGAGGCAGCGGCACUACGACGUCUUGCAGUGAUCGCAGCAGAUCAACCACACCUGAUUCAAUUUGGCAGCCAUCCAGCGGAAGUCAGGAUGGCUUAGCAGAGGCUAUUCAAUUAUUGUCCUGCAGACCUGGAAUCAGACCAUACAAUCAGCUCACCAGCCAACAACAACCAUCUUAUCAUUCACACAUUCAAACCACAAAUCAACCACCUGUGCCAAGUCAGAGCAGUGAACCAUAUCACUAUCAUCAAGAUACGGGCCAAAUGCCAUUCCUGUACAGUAUGUGGAGCGGACAUGAAAGAUCAGGCUUACCUUUCAUUCGACUUCCAGACAUGCCGGAACAGCAGGUAUUGCCUGACGAAACAGGUAGCUCUGAAACAAAAAAGCAGUCUAGUAAUGUACACAAGCCCCCAUAAAUUAAUUAAAAAACACGAGCAUUACAAUUGAAUAUUUUAAGUUAUUUCAUUUUAGU